AUGGACAACAGCGCGCACGGAAAAGAGCCAUAUAGAUAUAAGAGACUCGAUUUUCAAUGUGCUGCUCUAUGGAUGCUGUGUCAGAUUGAGACCAGCCUAGUGAAUUUUUCAAACUCAACAAAAGUCCCAAAAAUCUUUAUUGGUCAUCCUUUCCCGGCUAGGGGCCCUCCUAUCUAUAUCAGCCUCUUCAACAACACCUUUAGUCAAUUCCUCCAAGACUUGCAAAAUGAGGACUUGGAUGUAAACUCACCCCCACACAUUUCAGAUGUUGCAAACAUGUAUGCCUGGACCCAAGAGCUUGUUGAGUUAGCAGUCAAUGAAUACAGAGGCAAAGGUGAUUACAUACAGAUAGUAAUAGGAGCUGAUAGAACUAUCUCUGUUAUAAUUGCUGGUGCAUUUGCUUGGUCAGCAUUAUUUGAAGGAAAGAAUGAGACUGGAUCAACUACAACUAAAGCUGGCCCUGUUCUCCAAGUGGCUGUGUACUAUCUUAAAUAUUGGUCUCAGUUGCAGAAUUCCAAAACAGCUGUUGCUGUCCUACAUACCUCACCUCCAUUACUGCCCCUAUGUGUCUAUGACAAUCAGUCGAGAGCGGCGAUCUGGAAGGCCGAGACAGACAACAAGACAAUUGUUGUGAAAUUCGUACAACAAUACUACACUUAUCUUGGCCAAUCAAGAACUUGA